AUGUGUCAACAGAAGCCAAAGGCGGUAAUCACGGAUGCAGAUGCCGCGAUGAUCGGCGCAAUCGGCGAAGUAUUUUCUGGUGUUUCGCAUCGCAUCUGCAGCUUCCACAUUGAAAAAAAUAUGGAGAUGCAUCUACCUAACAAGUCACUGAACGAGUUCAGGACUCUGUAUUACACCACCUCAGAGCAAGUAUUUGAGGUGCGAUGGCAUGCAUUUUACAGAAAAUGGCAAUCCCCAAAAACUAGAAUAUGGAUGAAGAGGAUGUACAACAAGAGGAAACUUUGGGCUGCAGCGUAUCUCUCUGAAGGAUUCUGGCUGGGUAUGAAAAGUAACCAGCGGAAUGAAAGUUUAAACUCUUGUCUACACCUGCACCUAGAUGGGGAAAUGACAAUUGUUGAUAUGAUUAUGCACUACGACAACGCAAUUGUCCGUCUCCGUGAGAACGAAGCCCACGACGACUGCACGGCUUCACAGACUACACCAGUGCCAAUUACUAAUUUCAGAGAACUAGAGGUUGCUGCUGCAAAAAUCUUCUCUCCUCCUGUGUUCUAUAUUAUUCAAGGUGAGCUUUCAAAGAUUGGUGGCAUAGAGAUCUUAGAAAAAAUGCAGGCAGGAGACUCAAACAUCUUCAUUGUGGCAUGGAGGAAUCAUGUAAGGACCAGUUUCUACGUGGAAUAUAGACCCAAGGAGGCAGAAAUUAUAAGGAAUGUGCUGCAGCAGGAAGGGUAG